AAGCACUCGAAAGCUCUUUCAGGACAUGCGCAGCAGGACCCCGCUGACCUUGAAUACAAAGAACGACAAUAAAGUGAGGCGAAUCACAGAGAGCAGCAAGCCAAAGAACGUUGAGCCAAGCCGAAUUGAACUUAUGCGCGGGCAACAAAAGGCGUUCGAAUCGCCGUGAACGUGAGCAGACAUCUCGCAAAAAGCUGAAAAAUCCAAGAAGCAUGAAGGGCCUGGCAUAAUUUGAAAGACCAAGCCCCUGACGACCAACCUCUAAGAACUCUCGACGAUUGCCGGGGGUUGUGAGUGGCCCACGGCUGCGAAAUGUGUAAUUUGCAGUUCGCCAAAGGUUCUCAAAAAACGUGGUCCGCCGAGGGCCAAGGCUCCUGCUCUUGAGAACCUCAUAUCGGAGUGUUUUAUCGGAGGGAAUGAAAUUGUGUACUCUGAUUGCGGAGGGCUCUCUCGCUUUCUGGCGAUGCUGUAACCACGAACUGCCCGUCAGUAGAACGCGAACUGUGGCCACGGCAGCAAAGCGGCUCUUGUACGCAAUUUUGAGAGAAAAAUCUUAUUCGUUAAAGUUCUUAAAUAAAAGGUGUGCUAAGCAAUUCAUCUCAGAGUGUACAAAAAUGCUUGGAACUUUCUUGAUUUAACUCCAGAGCACUUCUAAAGCUUAACCCAAAUCUAAGCCGAAAAUCAAUUAAAAUUUGUGUAAUACAUUUAAAGACGAAACAAUAGUGCUGACAACAUGGAAACGGAGUCUCUGAACCGCAAGAACUCCUCGCGAAAGAGUUCGAUCGUCAAUGGAAACGGAGAUGCAUCUGCCAAGUUGACCAACGGCGAUGGAGGCGGAGAAGGAGAGGUGACCCUGAAGGCCAAGAUGAGCCUGCUCAAUGGCUGCACCGUCAUAGUGGGCUCCAUCAUCGGCUCGGGCAUCUUUGUGUCGCCCACGGGAGUGCUGAUGUACACGGGCAGCGUUAACCUGGCCCUCAUCGUGUGGGUCAUUUCCGGCCUCUUCUCGAUGGUGGGUGCCUACUGCUAUGCGGAGCUGGGAACGAUGAUCACCAAGUCGGGCGCUGACUACGCGUACAUCAUGGAGACCUUCGGACCCUUCAUGGCCUUCAUCCGACUCUGGAUCGAGUGCAUGAUCGUGCGCCCCUGUUCCCAGGCCAUCGUUGCCCUCACGUUCAGCACCUACGUCCUGAAGCCCUUCUUCCCGGAGUGCGCUCCUCCGGAUGACUCGGCCCGCCUGCUCGCCGUCUGCUGCAUUCUGGUGCUAACCCUAAUCAACUGCUGGGACGUAAAAUGGGCGACUGCUGUGCAGGAUAUCUUUACGUAUGCGAAACUGCUGGCCCUGUUCAUCAUCAUUGCCACUGGCGUCUACCAGCUUUACCUCGGCAACACGCAAUACUUUACGUUCGAGAACACGGACGCCAAAGUGACCUCCAUCGCACUGUCCUUCUACUCCGGACUGUUUGCCUACAACGGAUGGAAUUACUUAAACUUCAUCAUUGAGGAGCUGAAGGAUCCCGUCAAGAAUCUGCCCCGCGCCAUCGCCAUCAGCUGCACCCUGGUGACCAUUGUCUACGUCAUGGCGAAUGUCUCCUUCUACACCAUCCUGUCCCCGGAUGAGGUCUUGGGCUCCACGGCCGUGGCGGUGACUUAUGCGGAGCGCGCCUUUGGCGUUCUGGCCUGGACCAUUCCAGUGUUUGUGGCCAUGUCUACGUUCGGAGCUGUAAACGGUAUCCUGCUGACCUCCUCCCGACUCUUCUACGCCGGAGCCAACAACGGCCAGAUGCCCGAGAUCCUCACCAUGAUCCAGAUCCAGAGAUUCACUCCCACUCCCGCGGUUCUGGCCAUGGCCCUUCUAUCGAUGUUGUACCUCACGGUUUCGGACAUCAUUGCUCUGAUUAACUACGUGGGCUUUGCCACUUGGUUGAGUAUCGGUGUGGCUGUGUUGUGCCUGCCCUGGCUGAGAUGGGCCCAGCCCAAUCUGCCACGUCCCAUCCGAGUGCCCAUGGUGUUCCCCAUUGUCUACCUUAUCGCCACCAUGUUCGUGACCGUGGUGCCCAUGUACGCCAGUCCGGUGGAGACUGGUUACGGCAUCCUGAUGAUCUUGUCCAGCAUACCCGUCUACCUGGUGUUCAUCGCCUGGAAGAACAAGCCCAUUUGGUUCCAGAAGACGAUGGUAAGCCUCACACGAUUCCUACAGAAGAUGCUCAUGGUACUCGGAAAGCAGACGAAACCAGCUCAGGUGUAAAGGUGAAGAACGUUCUUCGGGGAAAAGAGCAGAGAUAAUAUUUCAAGUUAGCCAAGAGCAGAGAAAAGCAUUUAAAAGCACCCACUUGAUUGCAAGAUGCAUUAUAUAGACAACGCAAACGCUUUUGUGUAGCCAACCAAUGAUAUACAACAUACGAAAACACACAACAACUUUUGCCAGCUUCUGGGCGACUAUACGAUAUAUACCAUAUAUAUAUUUUUAUAUACACACGUAACUCUUAAGUUGAAGCCAGGUCCAGUGCGCAGUAGGAUAACGAGGAAGCUCCCAGUAAAGAUCAGCUCUGGAUUCAAAAUUAUACGAAAGACUGUGGAAAACUACAAGGAAUCAAGGUGUUCGGAGCUGAUCGUAAACUGGGUUCGAAUUUGGCAUUUUUACGCGGAGCUGAACGAGUCUUUUAGGAUCUUCAAGUAUUCCCGGAAAGUGGUUGAGCACACAGCGAAGCCCCGAUAAAAGCUAUUGUUUAUUAGUUACUGCAUUUGAAAACUAGUUUUUUGAAACAUUUAGAACCACGCUCCAGGCCUAGCUUGAACUAGAACUAGGCAUCGAACUAGAUGAACGCUUGAACAUACUCAUCAGAAUCUACAGGAUCUACAGAGCUAAUUUAGCACCUACAAAUCAUGAACAUUUUAGAGCACGAUUGAUUAGCUUAUUAUUGAUUUAAACGAAUCUAGCUUAAGUGACACCGCAAUUAAAUUCCAUUUGCCUAAGUUAAAACGUACAUUUAGGUUGCUCAGUUUAGGUUUCAUCGUGCAGGUGUGCAUCAUAGAGGGUCCUACCUGUACAAACCCCAAACCAAUAUACAAAACCAUUGCCCAAUGCACAUAUCCAACAAGAGAAACGAUUAAAGUUGUUGAACGAGAACAGGAACAUUGCCAACAUACAUAUUAAAUAUACUGAGAAUAACACUAUAUGCAAAUUGUUGUCUAAUUACGAAUUACGAAUUGAUUUAAACUUUCAUUAGUUGUUGUUGCUUUGAGUGUUCGUCACUUAGUGUUAUUCUUAUAAAAUGAUUAUUGCCUAUUUAGCAUUCACAUAUUUACCUAUUUAACUGUUACACAUAAAAUAUGGAGCCGCAACUGGGGAAUCAGUUUAACUACUAUGAAACAUAUUGUUGACAAUAAUAUUGUAUUUAUAUAUAAAUGUAUAUUAUAUUAUACUAUAUGAUGUAUACCCUACAACCUCUGUAUUUCUGGAAAUAAGAACGAUAACGAAAACUAAAUGUUUUAUAUA